AUGUCGGAUUCUCAGACGCCAGGUGCGGCUGCACCUUCAAAUGAGAAGCCCGAAACGGGUUAUGUUGCUGGCGAUGACACGUUCACCCAGUUUCGCAAUAUCUAUCGCAUCUUGACGGGCAAGAUGUCCUCCGAGGGCAUUGAGCAGUUCCGCGUUGCGCGAGAUAUCCGCAAUGAAUCUGCUGAUUGCAAGCGUUGUGAAGACCAGCGCGAUUACCUGCUUCAGUACAGCCCCGUCAUCCGAUUCCUCAGCGAUAACAUCCGGCAACUUGGAGGCGAUCUCCACAGCCACAACAUCUACUGCCGUCGGUGCACGAACCGGAAAGCAGGCGGGUUCGAUCCCGAGUUUGGAAUCCUGCUGUGUGCCAAUGAGAUGAAGGAUCAAGGUCAUUUGGAGGACACCAUGGCUCAUGAGAUGGUUCAUGCCUACGACCACUUGCGAUUCAAGGUCAACUGGACUGAUAACCUGCGACACGCUGCUUGCACAGAGAUUCGGGCCAGCUCCCUGAGCGGCGAAUGUAGAUGGUCGCGCGAAUUCUUCCGGCGAGGCCAAUGGAAGCUUACCCAGCAGCACCAGGAAUGUGUGCGGAGGAGGGCAGUUCUGUCUGUGAGGGCACGUCCGACCUGCCGAGACGAGGCUCACGCACAGCAGGUGGUGAAUGAAGUGUGGGACAGCUGUUUCCGAGACACUAGGCCCUUUGAUGAAAUCUACCGAUGA